CUGAUCAUACCUCCCCGACUGGAAAAGUGUGACUUCUGAAUCAUCACCAGUCAUGCACACUGAUCCCUCUACGGCUUGUAGCCUCUCUGAGCAGUGACUGUCAUUAUUUACCAGCCUCCCAGCCCUGACCUGGCUGAUAGAGAUCAGAUGGUGACUGGAUAGAAGCCUCCCCAGUCCUGGGUCCAUGAUGUACGCACCAGUUGAAUUCUCAGAGACUGAUUACCCACGAAUCGAAUAUCAAAGAAAGCAACAACAGUUUUGGGACUCUGUACGACUAUCUCUCUUCACAUUGGCAAUUGUAGCAAUCAUAGGGAUAACAAUCGGCAUUGUCACUCACUUCGUUGUUGAAGAUGAUAAGUCAUUCUAUUACCUUGCCUCUUUUCAAGUCACAAACAUCAAAUACAAAGAAAAUUAUGGAAUUAGAUCGUCGAGAGAGUUUAUAGAAAGAAGUCAUCAGAUUGAGAGAAUGAUGUCUAGGGUGUUUCGACGUUCUUCUGGAAUGGGUCGAUUUAUCAAGUCCCAUGUAAUCAAGAUAAGUCCAGAUGAACAAGGCGUGAACAUUCUUAUUGUGCUCAUGUUUCGAUACCCAUCUACUGACAGUGCUGAAAGAAUCAAGAAAAAAAUAGAAAGGACUUUAUAUCAAAGUCUGAAGAUCAAACAAUUGCCUUUCACUAUAUAUAAACCAUCAUUUACCCUCACACCCAUUGACAGCAAAAAGAUGAGACAUCUUCUCAAUAGUCGAUGUGGGAUAAGAAUGUCAUCUUCAAACAUGCCGUUACCAGCAUCCUCCACUACUGAACGAAUUGUCCAAGGAAGAGAAACAGCUAUGGAAGGAGAGUGGCCAUGGCAGGCUAGCCUACAGCUGAUAGGGGCUGGCCAUCAGUGCGGAGCCACACUUAUCAGCAACACGUGGCUGCUCACAGCAGCGCACUGCUUCUGGAAAAAUAGAGACCCAAGUAAAUGGAUUGCUACCUUUGGUACAACUAUAAAACCACCUGCCGUGAAACGAAGUGUGGGGAGGAUUAUCAUCCACGAAGAUUACCACAGAGAGAGCAAUGAAAACGACAUUGCCCUGGCACAGCUCACUACCCGAGUAGAGUUUUCAAAUGUGGUGCAGAGAGUCUGCCUCCCGGAUUCGUCCAUGAAACUGCCACCGAAAACAAGCGUUUUUGUCACAGGAUUUGGGUCUAUUGUAGACGAUGGUCCUACACAAAAUAAGCUGCGGCAAGCCAGGGUGGAAACUAUAGGCACUGAUGUCUGUAACAGAAAGGAGGUGUAUGAUGGCCUGAUAAUGCCGGGGAUGUUGUGCGCUGGAUUCAUGGAAGGAAAAGUAGAUGCAUGUAAGGGUGAUUCUGGUGGACCUCUGGUUUAUGACAAUCGGGACAUCUGGUACAUUGUAGGCAUAGUAAGCUGGGGACAGUCAUGUGCUCUCCCCAACAAGCCUGGAGUCUACACACGAGUGACUAAGUAUCGAGACUGGAUAACCUCCAAGACUGGCAUCUAAAGAGGACUGUGGUGAGCUAUAGCCACAGCCCAGGGGCGGGAUGCCUGCAGACUGUACACUGUUAGUUAGAGUCGUGGGGGUUAAAUGCGUGCUUCUGUCAGAUGUCAAGGAACGCUUCAGACCCAGACAAACGAAAUAUCACGAGGUGGCUUUUGUGUGUACAUAAACUUUCUACCAAGAAGGAAGAAAACAUGACAAUGACAGGUAGCACUGGUACCUCACUCAUAAGGGCAACUCCUUAAUGUAACAAACACAAAUGGCUUCCCUCAGGAUAUAAAGAGCUGCCAGGCUGCUACAACCUUACCUCAUAUGAUGUAUAGAGCUUCAGGACUCAUCUUGCAAAUCAGUUAUCAUCUUCCCGAGAGAUUCCAGACGCCAGCGUUCUAGAACUCAUGACCGGAAGUUCAACAGCUAGAAUGAAGGAGCAUGAAACCUGCAGUAAAACUUGAACUCUAACCCAGGUUUGCCUCUGACAGAGCAGAGCGCUGUUCCCAACCACAGGAAUUGUCCUUAUUUAAAUGCACAUGAACUUGCCAUAACACCAUGUAAUGCUCUCAAGCACUAGCUCCAGGAAGCUUAUUGCAUUAAGAAGCAUUUCUGGCUUACUAUUUAGCAGUAUCUUGCCAUCCACAUAUCCAUCAUGUUUAGCUCAGAAAAGACAAAGAUAAACGUCAAUGUAAGUGUUUUUCACUAGUAUACUAAGGAUAACAGGAAGCCGCUGAAAGUGGAAUUGACUUAAAAAUGAUUAGUAGCAGGACACUCUAACCUUUUGAUGGAGGGUGUCAUACAAAUAUUUAUUUAGAAAUACUAACAUGAGCAUAUGGUAACCAAUGUUUUUGUAAAUCAUCAGCUCAUUGCCAAGUCGUGUGUCAUCAAAGUGUUUCGUGGGGAGUGCUUUAUGCAGAAUGCUUAGGACAGUGUUUGUUAUAUACUGAGCACUAAAUAAUAGUGAGUGAAUUCUCCAGGAAAGGAGCUUAAUUACAGUCCAGAGCCUAGUGAUGGGCAUAGUGUUAGCGAGCACAAAUUGUCUGAGCUGGGCCAGUGGACCAUAAACUUUGUCUCUGUCAUAUGCAAAGUGUAUGCUGUAUGCAAAUUGCCCAAUAUCUCUGUUAGCUUUUUCAUCUGUAUAGUGCUAAUAAAAUGCUACCUCACUGCUGUAUUUGAGGAUUACAUGUAUUCGUACAAGUAAAAUAUUUGCAAUAGCAUCUGCACACAGUAAGUUCUCAGGAUGAACAAGCGAAUAUCAACUUUUAUGUUCUUUGGACUUUUAAAAACACGCUGUAAUCUUAAAUGCCCCUACUUCUCUGAAGAAACGCAAAUAAUUUCAAAGUACCUUAAGUUACAUUGUUGAAAAACAAACGAAGUGACAGGUUUUCAAAAGCACUUUGAUGUUUCUACACAUCUGUACUCACCUCCAGCCCUCCAGCGGGAGACCUGCUUGUGCUACUCUAGCAGACAGAAACGGUGGCAUUGCCAUCCUUUAAUAGCUAAAACUUCUGUUUUGAGGUUAUUUUAGUUUACACAUAACUGCUUUUAUAAGUAACACAGAUAAGCAAGAUAAAUAUAACUUUCAAUGCCUCAGAGUUGCUCUAACUUGCAUCUCAAUGAACUCCAAGCACAUAGAGGUCCUGCCUGGUCACUUUUGAGCUGAUGACUAGUGACAGCAUCAAAAAAAAAUGCAGACUAAAAUCUUAAAAGAUGGACUUGAUUGAUGUUGGAUUUUUCUUUUAAUUUAGAUAGACUCCUAUUUUUGGUAGAUAUGUGAAAGCAAAUGUGUCUACCAAAAAGCCUCUCAUUAUUCCUUUGUAAAUUCUUUAACAGUGUACACAUGCUUGUGUGUAAUUUUAUUUAUAUUUUAUCACACUGUGAUAACUUUUUUG